CCGAAGUGCGGCUUCCGUUGUUGUUGUUGUAGCUGCAGCUCCGUGAGGCCGGUAGACGGCGUAACUUUGACCGGAGAGAUGUUGCGCUCCGGUUCGGACACGGAGGGGGACCACACGCCGCUGCUUCACCGGAGUAACGAAGACAAAGUCCCGAGAGCCCCGGCCUGCGGUUCUUCCCGGUACGGCCUGGCGCUGCUCUCCUCCUUGGGCUUCUUCGUGGUGUACUCCCUGCGGGUGAACCUCAGCGUGGCCAUGGUGGACAUGCUGAACAGCACCCGGCCGGCCACCGGCAACCACAGCAGCUCCAUCUGCCCCGCCCACACCGACCCGGCCCGGCCCACACGGCACCACCCGGCCGGUGUGUACUCCUGGGACUCUGAGACCCAGGGCUGGAUCCUGGGCUCCUUCUUCUACGGCUACAUCCUGACCCAGGUGCCCGGCGGCUACCUGUCCGGCCGCUACGGCCCCAAGUGGCUGCUGGGCUUCGGCGUCCUGAGCACGGUGGUGUUCACGCUGCUCACGCCGACGGCCGCCGACCUCGGGCCGGGCUACCUGAUCGGGGUCAGGGUGCUGGAGGGCAUCGGGGAGGGUGUGACCUUCCCCUCCAUGUACGCCAUGUGGGCGGCCUGGGCACCGCCGCUGGAGAGGAGCCGGCUGCUCACCAUCUCCUACAUCGGAGCCCAGCUGGGCACGGUGAUCUCUCUGCCUCUGUCGGGGGAGAUCUGCUUCUACCUGGACUGGACCUACGUCUUCUAUGUGUUCGGUGCGGUCGGCCUCGUGUGGUUCGUCUUGUGGGCGUUUCUCGCCUUCGACACUCCGGACUCUCACCCGAGGAUUUCAGAGCAGGAGCGCCUCUACAUCACCAGCUCCCUGAAGAACGAGCUGUCCACCUCGGGCCGCAUCCCCUGGAGAGCCAUCCUGACAUCCGGGCCGCUGUGGGCCAUCGUGGUGGCUCACUUCUCCUACAACUGGACCUUCUACACCCUCCUCACCCUGCUGCCCACCUACAUGAACGACGUGCUGGGGUUCAGCAUACAGCAGAACGGUCUCCUGUCGGCUCUUCCGUACCUGGGCUGCGCCGUCAUGGCGGUUCUGAGCGGCCAGCUGGCCGAUUACCUGAGAGAAACCUGCCUCUACCGCACCGUCACCGUCAGGAAGUGCUUCUCCAUCGUCGGUAUGAUCGGGCCGGCCGUGUUCCUGGUGGCGGCCGGUUACACCGGCUGUAACUACGUCUUGGCCGUGACCUUCCUCACCGUGUCCUCGGCUCUGGGCGGCGUGUCGGCCUCCGGAUUCAACAUCAACCACCUCGACAUCGCUCCUUCGUAUGCUGGGAUCCUCCUGGGAAUCACCAACACCUUUGCCACCAUUCCCGGCAUGGUGGGACCGGUCAUAGCCAGAGCCCUCACCAAACAAAACACCAUCGAGGAGUGGCAGAGCGUGUUCUACAUCGCCGCCGCCAUCAACCUGUUCGGAGCGGCGUUCUACGCUCUGAUGGGCCGAGGCGCCGUGCAGCCCUGGGCCGUGCACGCCGCCGCCCACGGAGACUGAGGCCGCACCUCGCCACCACGGACACGGUGCACUGAUUCAUUAAAAUACCUCUUUAAAUGGUGCCAAUGAGUUCAGUUUUUAAGAGUUUUUAAAUAGUUUGCCACAAAAAACAAAUAUGAUGCAAGAAGGGAAACGUCGCUCAAACUUCUCUUUUCUCAAGAAGACGUUGAAACUGCACAAACACCCGUUUGGGGGGAAAUGCCUUAAGUGAAGCCACUUUUUAAAUGUUUUUGAUGUCUUUUGUUGUCGUUGGGAUUGGACCCAUCUUGUUGUAGUUUCUUUGUUUUGGCUUCUCAUGCAUUGGUUGAUUUAAUCUGCACCGCCUGGUUCCUUCAGGCAGCACGGCGCCUUUAUUAACACUAAGAAGUGCUUUAAAGAGCUUCCUGGUUCGGUUUUACACGUUUAUGUUACACAGUUUAUUUACACAUUUUACACGUUUAAUUUACACGUUUAAUUUACAUGAUUAUUUGUUUAUUUUACACGUUCAUUUUACACGUUUAAUAUACACGUUUAAUUUACACGGUUUACAUGUUUUACACGUUUAAUUUACACGUUUUAUAUGGUUUAUUUUAUACGUUUAAUUUACACGGUUUACAUGUUUAUUUUACACGUUUAUUUCACACUUUAUUUUUCUGUGUCAAUUCUCAGGAAUCUUCGGUCUCACAAGGUUUAAAAGGACAUUUUUUUACUUUUAAUUUUAUAAUGAUUUCAAAUUGCACAAUUCUUCUUUGUACUUCUUUGUCUUUUUAAUAAUGUGAUCAGCUGAUUAGAUAUAUACAUUUUUUUUCUCCAUAAAGUUUGCACACACGUAUGUAAAACUGUAUCUUUAUUAUAAUAACAAUAAAAGGGAAAAACAAGGGAAACGUGUGUUGGUGGUUUAGGUUCAUGACCCAGUUUUAGAUGCUCCGCCUUAUUAAAAAGGGUAAACGUUCAGUUACUGCUUAUUAUCGUUUCAUGUUUACAUCAAAACAAAAGGGACUUUUUAUUGUUAUGUUUACGAUGAGCCUUGUAAACUUUUAAUCUGUGUAAUUCAUGUUCUGUAAAUACUUCAUAUACAGAAUAUCACAUCUGAGAUUGAGUCUGGUUGUUAUUUCAUUAUUCAGCCGUCGGACCAGCAUGUUGAAAACUUCUAAUAUUAAUUAAUUAAUUACUUGUGCAGCUGCUUAUUUAUGACAUCACCCUACUUCCUGGUAUGGUUUAAAUACUCUAAUAAAACUCUGUGUGUAUGACACAAGUGCACACUAUAGUUAUUAGAUUUGAAACACACACACACACCAUCUUGUCACAUGACCAU